AUGAUGCUGUUUGGGGCGCUAACCGUUCUGCUGGUUCGCCUGGUGGGGGCGAGGAAGGAGGCGUGUGGAAGAGGACUGCGCUCGGCCACAGGGAGCUGGAGCUGUGUGGGUGAGUCUCGGAAAACCGGCCUCCCCUUACUGGGACUGGGAACUGAAACACUGAGCGAGCACACGCUGCAAGUGCCAGUACCGUACCUCAUUUUCAGUCAAGGUCCGGCUGUAUUCCGCAUCGAUACAGAUGGGGAGAGACAAAGGAGGAUUGUGGGUAAUGCAGGAGCCACGGUUCUGCUGGAUUUCCACUACAUGGACCAGAAGCUUUACUGGGUCAAUACUGAAUCUGGGAUUAUCCAAAAGGCGCCGCUGAAUGGAACUCGAAGACGGAAAGUUCACUCGGCUGGAAGAGGAAUCGCGGGCUUUGCAGUCGACUGGAUUCAGAACCAAGCUGUUUGGACAAAUCGAGACAAGGGGACAAUCGAAAGAGUGGCCUUAGAUGGGAUCAAUCCAAGGACGAUUCUAGGAAAUUUGUCCCGCCCCGGCAGCAUUGCAGUGGACCCCAUUGACAGGUAUAUAUUCUGGGUUUCGGAUGGCACGGUUACAAGCAUACAGAAGACUAACCUGGAUAACAACACAACAGUGACCACUGUGAAGACCGUGCACCGAGUUGGGGUCCUAUCCCUGGACUUUACCGACAAAAGACUUUUCUGGGUUCAGUCCAGUUUCGACGGAAGGACUGCAGUUGGGUCUUGUGACUACGACGGGAAUGUGAUAAAUAUCAUAAAUCAGACUCCACAAACCCACAUUACAGCAAUCUCCGUGUUUCUGGAGCAUCUGUUUUACACUGACCCAAAGGCCAGGGCCAUUAACCGGGUCAACAAGCACAUCGGAGACGAACGGAUGAACAUUGCAUCUAAGAAAAUGCCACUCCCACUAGCUAAUGUGAAGGUGGUACAUCCUCUCAUGCAGCCGAUGGCAGAGGCUCCUCCCACUGCACCGAAAGGUCAGAGUUCACCACUGUUUUGUGAAGGCUGCGAUACUUCGGAGGCCGGCUGCGUGAACGUUUGUUCGAGUCACAUCGAGGGCGGUUCAUGCCGGUGCAGCGCCGGAUUCACCCUCAGCAAACACGGCAACUACUGCCAAGAUGUGAACGAGUGUGCCCUGUGGAACCACGGCUGCACGCUGGGAUGUGUGAAUGUUCCCGGUUCCUAUUUCUGUACCUGCCCUCAGGGGUUUGUGCUUCUCUCCGAUAUGAAGACCUGUCAGGAACUGGUGCCCUGCACAGCGGAAGUCUCUCCCUGCCGCUAUGGGUGUGUCCGCCUAGAGCAAAGGGAGGUCUGCGCGUGUUCAGAGAGCUCCAUCCUGCAGCCAGAUGGGACAUCCUGCACCGGGUGCUCCGAGCUGGACAAUGGUGGGUGCAGCCAGGUGUGCCUGACCCUGGGCCCGGGCCGCUGGGAGUGCGCGUGUCGGCCAGGAUUCCAGCUGCAGCCCGACAGGAGGCGUUGCUCCGCUACAGGGCCUUCCCCAUAUUUGAUGUAUGCAAAUGUCGUCAGCAUCCGACGCAUCAGCCUGGAUGGAACAGCUGGUCGCAGUCUGGUGGAGGAGGCAGGGGGCGCUAUCAUGGCCCUGGAUUAUGACCCAGUGGAAGGGAAGGUGUAUUUUGGCAACUCGGCCCUGCGGCGGCUGGAGCGAGUAAACCAGGAUGGCAGCAGUCGGGAAGUGUUGGUGAGAGAGGGGCUGGACUUGCCUGAGGGUGUGGCUGUGGACUGGAUACAGCGCAAGCUCUACUGGACCGAUCGAGGACUCGCCACUAUUGAACGCAGCGACUUAAACGGCCUGAACAGAGACGUGAUCGUUAGGCACGGCCUUCACAGACCCAGAGCGAUUGCCAUUCACCCGGAGCUCAAGAAAUUGUUCUGGACGGACGUGGGCGAGCAGCCAGCAGUUGAGAGCGCCUUCCUGGAUGGAUCUGAUCGUGCGGUUAUUGUUAGCACCGGCUUGCUGUCCCCCAGCGGUCUCGCCCUGGACCAUGCAGAAGGACGCCUCUACUGGUGCGACAGCAAGACUGGGCUCAUCGAGCUGGCGAGUUUGGACGGUUCCCAGCGUCGCGUCCUGGCCCAGAACCAAGUAGGCCGCCCCUUUGACAUUGCUGUUUUUGAGGACCUUGUGUGGGUCACUGACUGGGACGAGCACCUGCUGCUGACGCUGGACAAGCGAACUGGGAGGAACCUUGUGCGCAUCCAUGGCAAUAUGGGUCAAGGAGCCUCCCUGGUCAUCGUUCACCCCCUGGCCAAACCAGGUGCCAACACCUGCCUACGUACGAACGGAGGCUGUGACCAGCCCUGCAUCAUCAGAUUCAGCAGUGAUGGAACAUGCCUACUAGUCAAUGCAACUGCCACCCCUGUAGAGUCUAAAGCUGAAAAGGGCCCUGACACUGUUGCCUUGAACAAAACCCUGAACGAUGAGGCCUCCCCCUCUGUGCACUCGGAAUCAGCAUCUACCAUGGAGAAGGAAGAGCUGGAGCUCAACGUGGUUACGGAGAAGAUGGUGUCUGACCAGGACGACUGCUCAUCUUUACAGUGUGACGCCAAUGCCCAGUGUGUAGUGGAGGGGGGCAGUUCUACCUGUCAGUGUCGACUGGGCUUCACAGCCAAUGGGGAGCAGUGUUUGGAAAUUGACGAGUGCCAGUUGGGGACGCACACCUGUGACCCCCACGCCGAGUGCCUGAACACGGAGGGGCACUACCUGUGCAGGUGUAUUCCUGGAUACAGCGGGACAGGGUUCGAGUGUCAAAAGAGCCCCGUCACCGCCCCGGCGAUCGAACCCAGCAGUCCGGCGGAGGCGACCACACGAGACAGGAGUCAAGGCGCCGUGGAGAAGUGCCCCGCCUCCCAUGAGUCCUACUGUCUCCAUGAGGGCGUGUGCUUCUACGUGUCCGAUAUCAAGUCCUUCGCUUGCAACUGCCGUUCUGGGUACCUGGGUGAGCGCUGCCAGCACAGGGACCUACAGUGGUGGGACCUACAGCACAGGGCGCAGGAGAAGCGUCGCAGCCUGGCCAUCACCACCUGCGUGAUUGUGUUCGUCACCCUACUCUCUGCUUCCGCCUGCGCCAUCUACCGCUACAGGUCCAAGUGGACCUCAAAGAAGCAGUCGGCCACUGACGACACGAGCGGGAGUGAGGACAGCGGUACCGAGACCACCGACAGCAGCACACCAGAGGGGAGUGUGUGGUGUCAGAGGAGGCGGGGCCAAGUCCCAGGGAUGACCGAGGGACCUUUCAACAGGAAUGCUGCUGCACCACAUUGGAAGGGCUUUCACCUCAAGUCUGCUGAUAAGGUUAUCUUCCGGGAUGACCCUUGA